AUGCACAGCGCCAAAUUUCCUGGAAUUACCAUUUCCCAUGAUAUCUUACGGAGCAAUUCAUUGGAGAAGCAGAACCAAACCACACCUGGCUGCACGCAGACCACUCACACCAGUCGCAGGACCAGGUUGGGCAUCGAAAUGGCACUUCUCCUGAGCUUUCUCUGCUUGUGCCUGGUUGGGCAAGUUCUCGGCCAGGAUAUGCCCUAUGAGGAAUAUAUGGCCCAGAUCCAAGCCUGCCCUAAAGAGUGUCGUUGCCCCGCUAACUUCCCUCGUGCUGUCUACUGUGACAAUAAAGGCCUGAAGAGCAUCCCCAACAUCCCUCCACACACAUGGUAUCUCUACCUACAGAACAAUCUAAUCGAAGUCCUGUCCGCAAAUGCCCUGCGUAACGCUACGCAGCUGCGCUGGUUGAACCUAAACCGCAACAGAAUCGAUAGUAAGGGAGUAGAAGAAGGUGUCCUACGUUCAAUGUCCCACCUGGCACACCUUUACAUGGAUGAGAAUCUCUUGUCCGCUGUGCCAUCUCCCCUGCCAGUCAGCCUCGAGCAUCUACGUCUCUCUCGCAAUCGCAUCUCCAACAUCCCUUCUCGUGUCUUCCUUGGUCUGGACAAGCUUAACCUCUUGGACCUCCAAGGAAACAAGCUGAUGGAUGAUGAUGUGACUGAGGUGAGCCUGAAGGGUCUAAAAAACCUGGUACAGAUCAAUCUAGCCAAGAACCAGCUGAGCAGCAUGCCUCUUGGCUUACCACCCACCACUACCCAGCUUUUCCUUGACGGCAACAACAUUGAGAAGAUCCCAGCCGGCUACUUCAAAGAUUUGCCAAAAGUGGCAUUUCUGAGGCUCAACCACAACAAGCUUGGGAGCAGUGGAGUUCCCAGAAAUGUGUUCAAUGUCUCCAGCAUUUUGGACUUGCAGCUGUCCCACAACCAGCUGACCGAGGUUCCCCUCAUUUCCUCAGGCCUUGAACAACUUCACCUUGACCACAACAAUAUCAAAAGUGUAAGUGGCGCCAACGUCUGUCCUGUUGCCGUCGACGCUGUGGAUGACUCCGUCAACGAAAGUGUUCCUCGCCUGCGCUAUCUCAGACUGGAUGGCAAUACGAUUAAGCCACCAAUUCCCAGAGAUGUCAUUCUGUGCUUUCGUCUCCUGACGUCCAUUGUCAUCUAA